GCGACAAUUGUGCAUGCUUUACGGCAAGGCUGCAGGAACCAUCUGCUAAUGAGGAACAAACAGAAGUUGCGCAUCUAGAUCGACAGUUGCAGCGACAGAAUGAGCAUAUUCGACGCAUAAUCUAUAUUGGCGUAGAAAUGACCUAUAGGGAAAAAGAAUUUAAAAUCAAUUUCACCCCAGGACACGUGGAGCUGGUGGAGGAGGAUGUGUCCAUCCCCUACCGUCGUGUUCUGGUGACAGGCGCCACAGGCCUUCUGGGCCGGGCCGUGUACAGAGAGUUCCAGAAGAAUGCGUGGCAGGCGCUGGGCUGUGGCUACAACCGCGCCCUUCCUCGCUUCCUCCGCUGCAACCUGCUGGACGAGGACGCCGUCAGGACCGUCAUACUGGACUUUCAGCCUGAUGUGAUAGUUCACUGUGCAGCGGAGCGGCGACCAGACGUGGUGGAGAGACACACAGAGGCGGCAAUCAACCUCAAUGUCCACGCCACGGGGAACUUGGCCAAGGAAGCAGCAUCCAACCAGGGCAUCUUCCUGAUCUACAUCAGCACAGACUAUGUGUUUGACGGGAGGAACCCCCCCUACGGAGAGAAUGACACCCCUAACCCUCUCAACCUGUAUGGCAGGUCCAAACUGGAGGGAGAGAGGGAGGUUCUCCGACACAACCCAGAAGCUGCAAUUCUGCGCGUGCCCAUCCUGUUCGGGGAGGUGGAGCGCGUGGACGAGAGCGCCGUGACGGUGCUGUGGGACAAGGUGCAGGAAGGGGCGGAGAGCUGCACCCUGGACCACUGCCAGCAGCGCUACCCCACAUAUGUUAACGACGUGGCCCGCGUCUGCAGAAACAUGGCCGAGAGGAGGAUGCAGGACCCAUCCAUACGAGGGAUCUUCCACUACUCGGCCAAGGAACAGAUGACCAAGUAUGAGAUGGCGUGUUCCAUCGCUGAGGCCUUCAGCCUGCCCAGCGGACACCUCAUCCCGCUAACAGAGCAGCCUGCAGGUUCGGGGGCCCAAAGGCCCCAGAAUGCUCAGCUGGAUUGCUCUCGUCUGGAUCUACUAGGCCUCAGCACCGAGCCCCACCCCUUCAAGAUGGCUGUCCGAGACUGCCUCUGGCCUUUCCUGUACGACAAGCGCUGGAGGCAGACCGUCUUCCACUGAUCACACCCCCCUAACCCCCACCAAGCCACGCACCCCACACCAGUGACCACACCCCCUGAUCCCAGCCAAGCCACACACCCCACACCAGUGACCACACCCCUGAUCCUACCUAACCACACCCACACCACUGACCUAGCUGUAAAAACAACAUACAAAUACACCUGUGUUCUGGUCACAUUCCAUGUCAUCUGGAAUAAACCAUGUUGUCACGUACUAGACCAUCUUCUGGAAGAUUGCGAGUUAAUUGUCUUGUCCUGGUGGCUUCUGUGUGCACAAAAUUGUGAUUGCUCGCCACAUCAACUUCUGGUUCUUUCCUUCCAACAUUCCCCUGUUCUGCUGUUUCAGUGGAAAGAUUAGGAACCAGUAGUCUGGUUGAUAUGACAGUGAGUGAGGUUGCCGUGACAACAAAAUGGCAUCAUUUAAUUUCAGUCCAGAACAUCCUAAGCUUCAUGACCUCUUCUUCUCUGGACUGUGUCCACAGAGGAGGGAAUUCCCAUUUAUUUCUGUCUGAAAUGAAGAAAUAAGAAAUUGAAUUUGAUUGUGAUAAAAGUAAUUAAUUUAAUGAACAA